AGGUUGACGGGGAAAAAGUGACAUUGGCCGAGGAAAUGGAUAUGCAAGACUUCCGGAUCUUUGAUGAUGGGAAGUCCAUCGUGGUGGAGAGCAAGCAAUGCGGUGUCUCCGCUGGUCACAACGGCGCCGGCAAAGGCUUUGUCACCAUGCCCGCUGCGUACGGGUCACACCCCACAGGCCUGUGCGGCCAGUGCGUGGGCAAUCGUGACAGCCUCAAGGAUUAUUCUGGAACCGACCAGUACGGCGAGCCAGACUAUGAGGACAUCGUCGGCAACAGCUUCGCCGUUGAUAACGGCUACUAUCCCGACGAGGAGAACUGUGGCGACUACAAAGCCCCCGACCUGACCUGCGAGCUACCCGUUCUGCAGACGGCGGAAGCACUCUGCGGACGUGUUACUGACAAAGAAGGUCCGCUAGCUGAUUGCGUUAAGGAAAUUCCUGAAAAGGCACAAACGUUUCACAAGGCUUGCGUUUUCGACUUCUGUCAACUCAGUCCCACAGAGCGAGCAGACGAGAAUCUGGAGUGUAGUGUGGCCGCCGACCUUGCCAAGAUCUGCAACUUGCAUUAUAAACCGCUGGAGUGGCGCUCUGAGACAUUCUGUCCACCUUCGGAAGUCUGUCCGAAGGGGAUGAACCUCAGCUACACAUCAAACCUCGACCACUCCCUCCCCACGUGUCAGGACCGACGGGUGAAGGGUAAGCGGCAUCACGAACCGGAAGAGGGAUGUGAGUGCUCGAGCCCGGGCCUCUAUUUUGACGGGGACCGGUGUGUGCCCGAAGAAGAAUGUGGAUGCAAGGCCGAUAUGCCUGGCCCCAACGGACAAAUCAUCAAAGCGUACAUGAAGCUGGGUGACACGAUAGUUUUGCCGGGCUGUAAAAAGCAGCUUACGUGCAAGAUGAAAGGGAAGCUGAACCGCGCCCGGGCUGUCAAAGAAAAAGUGCCGAAAAGUAGAAGCUGUGACAAGAAAACUGAAGUCUGCGCUCUAACGGAAGGAGUACACCAGUGCAUACCCAAGGAGAAUGCGCCAGCGGCCGGCUCGCCAGCGCCUAGAGUUGGAGGAGGCAAGCGAAAUAAAGGCGGCAAAAUUGAUCAACCCAAGGGUGAUAAAUCCAAGGGUGACAAGGAAGAUAAACCCAAGGGUGACAAGGAUGAUAAGCCCAAGGGUGACAAGGAUGUUAAUCCUAAGGGUGACAAGGAUAAUAAACCCAAGGGUGACAAUGCUGAUCAACCCAAGAGUGACAAGGAUGGUAAAUCCAAGGGUGACAAAGAAGAUCAGCCGAAGGGUGACAAGGAAGGUAAAUCUAAGGGUGACAAGGAUGAUAAACCAAAGGGUGACAAGGAAGGUAAAUCCAAGGGUGACAAGGAUGAUAAACCCAAGGGUGACAAGGAAGGUAAAUCCAAGGGUGAAAAUGAUGAUAAACCCAAGGGUGACAAGGAAGGUAAAUCCAAGGGUGAAAAUGAUGAUAAACCCAAGGGUGACAAGGAAGGUCAAUCCAAGGGUGACAAGGAUGAUAAACCAAAGGGUGACAAGGAUGAUAAACCCAAGAGUGACAAGGGAGAUAAACCAAAGGGUGACAAGGAUGAUAAACCAAAGGGUGACAAGGAUGAUAAACCAAAGGGUGACAAGGAAGGUAAAUCCAAGGGUGACAAGGAUAAUAAACCCAAGGGUGACAAGGAAGGUAAAUCCAAGGGUGACAAGGGAGAUAAACCAAAGGGUGACAAGGAAGGUAAAUCCAAGGGUGACAAGGAUGAUAAACCCAAGGGUGACAAGGAUGAUAAACCCAAGGGUGACAAGGAUGAUAAGCCCAAGGGUGACAAGGGAGAUAAACCAAAGGGUGACGAGGAUGAUAAACCAAAGGGUGACAAGGAAGGUAAAUCCAAGGAUGACAAGGAAGGUCAAUCCAAGGGUGACAAGGAUGAUAAACCCAAGGGUGACAAGGGAGAUAAACCAAAGGGUGACAAGGAUGAUAAACCCAAGAGUGACAAGGGAGAUAAACCAAAGGGUGACAAGGAUGAUAAGCCAAAGGGUGACAAGGAUGAUAAACCAAAGGGUGACAAGGGGGAUAAACCCAAGUCCGGGGAAAACAAAGAAGAUAAUCCCAAGGGCAACAAGAAUGAUAAACCCAAGGGUGACAAGGAAGAUAACCCCAAGUCUGGGAAAAACAAGGAAAACAAACCAAAGGAAAACGUCAACGAAAAGCCCGGGGGAAAGCAGAACCCUUCUGAAAUACUGCCACCUAAACCAAAAUCAUCUCCUAAAAAACAACGGCCGGAUAGUAAUCAAAAUCCACCCCCUGCCUUACCAUUGCCUGAUAGAACAAAUAAGCAGCCAUUAGGCGCUGAAAACCUAGGAGGACCAGUAAUAGACGUUGCGCCAACAGGACAGCCCGGGCCAUCAUCAGGCGAUGAGGAACCAAAACAGCCAUUAACAGGAGCUGAGAAACCAGAAGUAGCUGUCGGUGAACAGGCACCAGAACCGUGUGUCGUAGAAGAAACGACACCAAAACCAACCCUGCCCCCGAAACCAAAUAAAGAUAAGCAAUUAGAAUGCCUGCUGCAGAGUGACAAGAAGGGUUUGGCAUACUUUGGCACACAGAGCAAGACAACGAACGGGAGGACAUGUCAACACUGGCGGGACCAGGAGCCACACGCACAUAGCUACCUGAAACUCAAGGACGACCUCAACUACUGCAGAAACAGGCCUCUUAGCGGUGUAGAGGGCAAGGAUCGUCCCUGGUGUUACACGGAGGACCCAAACAAAGAGUGGGAAUACUGCACCAUCAGCGUGUGCGAGAACGAGGCUCAGGAGAAGGGAGAGGAAACGCCGCCGCCAAACCCAAAGCCCCCUGCAGACAGAGGGUGUUACCACUUGAAAGACAAUGGCGAGUCAUAUAAUGGUACGUUGGCUGUGGAUGAGAAUGGAGCGCCGUGUGAAAAUUGGGAUAAAGAUAGCUACCAAGAUGUGGAGGGCAACUUCUGCCGGAACCCGGGCGGCAAGCGCAUGAAACCAUGGUGCUUUGUUGAGGGCAUAAAACACGACUGCGACAUUGAAGCAUGUGAGACUCCGCCACCUCCGAAGCCCGAGGAGAAGCCUAAGUGCUCAAUGGUCGUGCAAAUGACGCCCUGUGCCACCACCUACACCCUGCGCGGCAGCUGUGAGCAGAACUUUGAAUUCCCCGGCCAAUGUAAGCUGAGUGUGGCGCAGAAGGACGCCAUGACGUACAGGGUCUUUGACGGUAUGGAGGAGAAGAAUAGCGAACUAACCUUCGAGUCCGAUAAAAAGAACUACUUCUCUCGCGAGUGUGGCUUUGUGGAGAUUCCGGAGUUUGACACGGUGAAGAUCACGGUUCCUACGUGCGGUAUGUGUGCGCAGGCGCAGGCCAACGCAUUGAAGCCGGGCCCCAGCACUACUGUUGAGGAUGUAUCCAAGAAUGGCUUCUGUCAGGCGUAGAGUGAUUUGACGACACGUGACACUAUAAUAAAGAAAGUAUAACCAACUUAAUUUUGAAAUAAUUUCGAUCGUUUACCUGUAAAACAAAAAUAUUACGAAUAAAGAUCUUAUUAUU